UUUGUUUUUAUAAAUAUUAUAGAUUGUGAUUAUUAAGAUUAUUGUACAAAAUAUUAUUUUUUAUAUUAAGAUAUAUCAAGAGUAAUAAUGAAUUUAAGUAAUAUGAGUCAUUAAUGUUCCUGAUACAAGCACAAAGAAAUAUAGACCAAGUUCUUUCUUGUGAACUUUAAAAGAAUGUUUAUCAACGUCGAACAUAUAGAUUAUUAUUAAAUCUAAUAAAAAUAUAAAAGUGGCACUAAAUAUUUUGUAAAUUUAAUAAAACAAAAAAUUGUUAUGCGUACCUAUAUAAGAUUACAAUAAUUGGCAGUAUUUUUUAAUUUAUAGGAUCAAUCCAAAACAAGAAGAUGAACAAGUAAUUGUAAGGUAAGUUGCUGAAAAAAUUGUUAUCUUCUUUUUAUAUAAUAUUAAUACAACUUACAUGUAUUAACCAGCAAAAAGAAAUUUGUUAUUUGUUUCUAUUCUAAAGUUCUUUUUUAUGAGUAAGAUGGCGCUGUAAUGUUUACACACGAAAUUUAACCACGAAAGCAUAGAGAUACAACGACGCUAGCUUCACGGAUCGAUUAUCAAUUAUUGUUUUAUAAUGAUCUAAUAAUAAAUAUGAUUAACGUUUAAUCCCUUUAAUUUUAUACAAAAGAUUCAAUUUAAUACGUCUUCGAUCAAGUCUCAUAAAUCGUACAAUUGUGCAACACUCAUAAACAUAUACUCAUCUUCUAAUAAUUCAAUUUCAUUUUUACUAAUUAUAAGAAUUAUACAACGAAACAUUUUUCGAUAUAUUCGUCUUAUUCAAAACAAUUCUCGAGGAUAUAUUGAGAAUAAAUGGAAUAUCAAAAAUUAUUGGAUACCGUCGAUAUUUUAGGUUACGCGGGAAUAUGCACAAGCACGGAAUUUUCUCAGCUUUUAAAAAAUUCCCUCUUGAUAUUACAAAAAGAAAAUCACUUUCGAAAAUGUUAUUAUUGGGGUAAAAUAAACGGCAUACAAAAAGAUUAUCACAUCGCUUUUGGAUACGAGAAAGAUUGUAUGAACGGACAAAUAUAUUACUACAGUAUGGAUGGAUUAAAUUGGUUGUUAUUACCAAAGUCACAAAAAUAUGCAAAAUUUUUAACACCUCUGGCCGUUAACAAAUUCGAAGGAGAACCAUCGUUCGCUACGAAUGUUUACGAUUCUAAUCCACCAUUUCCACCAAACGAAGAUCCUAAACAUUAUUACAACGAACCUAUACCAAAAGAAUUAAAGGAGGAAGAUCGUUUAGCAACUAUCGUUGAAACAAUUAGAGAAGAUGCAGCAAUUAUUCCUCGUGGUGGAUGGUUCAAAUGUUCGAACGGAGAUAUCGUAGAAAACGUAGCAUUCGAGGGAUUAGAUUUACCAGACGCAUCUAAUCUUAAAUCUUAUUUACAUGCACGCCCACCACAACAAAAAUGGAAUACUAAUUUGUUAUCAAGACCUGAUUACAAUUAUGCUACCGAUUUUCUUGAUACCAUCGAUCUGGAUGUUCCUCAUGGAUGCUGGAAUCUGCAACUUAUUUUGGAAGCACGUUUAAUUAUCCUACACAGUUUAUAUUGGCCUGGAAUGACAUUUUAUCACAAGUUGAGUACCCCUCAUUACGGUUUUUUAUACGUCGGAAAUGGUAAGAAGAAUAUGGAUUUACCUUUCAUGGUGUAACGUAAUAAUAAAUAAAUCGAGAAGAUAAAUCUCCUUCUAAAGGAAGAAAAAAAGGAAAAAAAGAUUAU